AUGUCCUGCCUCCCGUUUAUUGUCGACACCGCCAAGCAAACGUGCGCCGAGUUUGAAGGCAGGGAUUGGUUUCCAUUGACUGAAGAGGUAAGAUCGGCGCUGGGCCGAAGGAUGGAGCGGGCCUCGUCACCCAGCGAAAUUAUGGCGAUCCUCCACGCGAUCGCCGAUAGUGUUUUCACCUUGGGGAUCGAUCUCCCGUUCACGAAGUAUCGCAAAGGCGUGAAGGGUCACGAGGAGAUGACCGCCAUCCUUGAAGAGUCCAUCCGCGCCAUGGAGAGGCAUGCGCCCACAGACGGACAGCCCACAAAGGCCCUGCGCCGAAUCUUGGAUGCUGAAGACGACGACGGCAAUGGAAUCGACAUGGCCGUCAUUGUCAACACGGUCAUCGUCUUGCUUUCGGCAGGAUACGACACCGUCAGCUCAACAAUGGACACCAUUUUUCAUGGAUUGGCGCUCAACCCCCAGGUUUGGGAUAAUCUGCGCGAGGAGCAACGUCGAGUGACGGAAAGAUUCGGCAGUGACAUCACGCUCAAGUCGCUGGAUGCCAUGGUUUACGCAAUGGCGGUCGUGAAGGAGGGACUCAGGGCGCAGCCCAUGGUGCCGUUCGUUUUCAAACGCGUGGAGGAGAGCGUCGAGCUCGGCGGUUACCAGAUUCCGGUCGGCACGCAGAUCAUUCCUGGUGCGGGUUUCACCACGCGGCACCUAGAUGGCAGGUGGAGCGACGGCGACGCAUUCCGGCCCGAACGCUAUUUGGAGCCGGAGGCAGACAACAUGGGCUCGUUCGCGCCCUUCGGCAUGGGGGCGCACACGUGCCUGGGCAAGGAGCUGGGGCUCAUUCAGAUGCGCGUUCUACUGGCGGUGCUGGCGCGGGACUACGAGGUCAGGCUGAGGGACCCGCACUCCCGCGUGGAGAAGUUCCCCUUUCCGCACGCGGAAGACGGCUGCAUGGCCACUGUGAGAAGGCUCCGCGGUGGCAGGGCGUGA